GAGUGACUGACGUUAGACGUUAUAGAAUCGUAUUGUAUUGUCGAUGUGAUUGCGAAUCAUUGAAAUUGAAAAAUGUGCGGAUAUAGAAAUUUUAUGACUUGCUAUCACUAGUUUGCUAACGUAUAUAACGUUAAAUAUUGUUUCUGUAAAGCAUUUGUAGCAAACUAUUCAAAAUGGCCUGGCAAAUGCCGGGUCAAUGGAAUACAGGCGUUCCACAAAUGAAUCAAAUGACGCCUGAUUUAAACAUGGGAUCUUACACGCCUGAGCAAUGGGCUGUUAUGCAGCAACAGAAUUGGCAGCAAUGGACACAGUGGCAGCAACAGUAUUCGCAAUGGCAAAGCCAAUAUGGCGAAAAGUAUGCACAGCAAAUGCAGUCUAUGCAGGCAAUGGGAGGGAUGGUGCCCCCCCUACCAGUUUCAACUACUGCUCCUCCUCCUGCACCUCCUCCACCCGAGCAGCCUCCACCGCCGCCCCCACAUGAGAACAAUCAGCCACUAUUCGGAAAACCCAACCCAGUGCCAGCUCCUGGACCACAGCCAUUGCAACACACAGGGAGUUCUAAUAAUAUUAGUGUUCCUACAGGUAACAACCAAAACUGGCAGCAAGGAAAGGAAAACCGACAGGAAGCUUCCGUACCAACCAAUACGGAGGCCUUAAAGAAACUAGCAGAGGAAGAAAGGCUCUUUGAUAUUCAGUUUGAAAAAUGGGAAGAAGAAAUACAAAAAUGGAAAAGGGAAAAUGUGAACCAUCCAGACAAGCAGGCUUAUAAUGAGUAUGAGCAAAAAUUUGAAACUUGCAGGGCACAAUUGUUAGAGCGUCGGCAGGUGAUGAAACAGAAGAGGGCACGAUUGCUGGGCCAGGUCCCUCCAGCUGUAGGCAGUGCACCAUCAGGUAAUCCACCCUCAGCUCCUCCUCAACAAACUAUGAAUGCCAGUCGUAACACUAAUAUGCAGUCCCAAAGCAACAUUAGCUCUUCAAAUGUCACCCAGCCAAGCAACCAUUAUAAACAACCGGAACAACAUAAUUAUAGACCUAAUAAUAAUCAAAUGUCAUCCCAAAACUUUAAAAAUAAUCCUCCUUCAAAUUACCAAGGUAACUCUCAAUAUGCGCAAUAUAACAAUAAUAUGCAACAAGAUUAUAAUAGAAGCAAUAAUCAAGGUGUGAACCCACAAGACAGAUUUGAGUCCUAUGACGCUCAGGAUACAUAUGAGGCUCAAAAUAUGGAUGAAGGAGAUUACUCCCCGGCUCCUGUAACAAAUACAAACUUUUUACCUGGAGCUGGUUCUGCUAAAGGCAUUCCAGGGUUGGAUUUAGUACCCGAGGAUAGAGAGAGUCAACAAAAACCUGAGGUUAUUGAUAUAACUGGUGACAAACCGAAAUCUACCCAGCCGCCAGACCUUACUACCAUUUCCAAAGGCAUAAACAACAUUCUUGGAGAUGAGAAGAUAAUGAACAUCCUUUCUAUGGUUAGGGAUCAAGUUGCUCCUCCUACUCUCAAUAACCCAGGACCUAGUAUGCAAAACACACCUUACAAUAAUAUGAAUAACUCUAAUGCUCCACCAAAUGCUCCAUUUAAUAACAUGAGUAACAUGAGUGCACCUCCAAAUGCCCCUUAUAAUAACAAUAUGAGUAGCAGUAAUGCCCCUCCAAAUAAUCAGUGGGAUAGAAAUCAUGCUACCCCUAAUCAACAAUACAGUAAUGCGCCGCCAAACAUGUACUACAAUCGUGAAGGUCCUGGCUAUGCUAAUCAAUCUCAGCAAGAUCAGCAGUAUCCACCUCAAAGAAGGAAUGACGGAGAAAAUAUGCCAAUGGAUCCAUACAAUGAUAGGAAUAUGCAAGGUCGAAACAUGCAGCAAAGACCACCUAUGAGACCCAACAUGCCUAAUAUGCAAAAUAAUCCUCCGCCACUUAUGCAGGAGGGUCAAGGUUAUCAAAAUGAUCAUUUCAAUAGGAGACCGCCGCCGCCUCGAGGCGCUCCUGACAAUAUGAUGCCGAGACCUAAUGUUAACGUACCUCCCCCUAGGCCCCUAAUGGCAAGAGUGGCGGGUUACGACGAUCAGAAUGAUUAUUCAAGGGGGGCUUACGAUAACAGAGGAAUGCAUGGCAAUAUGAAUAACCAGGCAAUGAAUAACCAAACUGCGCCGCCUCCGCCACCUCCACAGCCGGCUCGCCCGAAGUGGAUUGAAGAACCAUUAUUUACUCCAUCAAUCAUUGUCGAAUAUGAGCACAAACCUCUUAGAUUGAAAGCUCGUGAAUUUAUUGAACCUGUCCAUAUGUUUGACUACAAUCACAAAUCAAAGGAUGAUAACAUUAAGAAAAUAGAUUUCGAAAAAGAAGCCGAUGAAUUAUUCCAAAGGAAACCAAGAAGAAAUCAACCAGUCGAACCAGACGAUGUGUAUAGAGAAAGCCGUUACGGUCCAGGUUACCCGGAAAAUCGUUUCGCCGCUGAGGAUAACUCCAGGGAUUAUUCACCAAGGGAUUUCGAACGACGAUAUCCUAGAGAAGAAGUACGACAUGACCAUAGGGAAUUAAGAGAUGACUACAGGGACGUCAGAGGUCCUCCUAGGGACGAAUACGAAGAAAGAAUUGAUAGACGAAGGCCCGAUGAACGAUACGAGAACGAUAGAAGACGCGAUGAUCGCGACAGAUUUCUUAGACGUGACGAUUUUAGUAGAGACAGAGGGCGGGAACGCGAUCGGGAAAGAGAAGAUUUACAUAGAGAUAGACCAAGAGAUAUACGCAGAGAUGACAACCGCUUUGACAGUAGGAAUCGCAGUAGAAGUCGUGACCGUGACUCCCGUAAAAGAGGUCGCAGCAAAGAAAGUAACAUAAGCGAGACCUCGUCAAAGAAAUCGAAAGAACAGGAGAAGAAAAAUGACCAGGAGAAGAAGGGUCCUAAGCAUGUUGUGAUGAUUGACGAUAUUUUAGAACCGCCAGGUCGUGAGAUACGGCCAGAGAAAAUAGUUAUAAUUUUACGAGGUCCUCCAGGCAGUGGUAAAUCGUAUUUAGCAAAAUUAAUAAGAGACCGCGAGGCGGAACAUGGCGGAACAGCUCGAAUUAUGUCCAUUGACGACUAUUUCAUGCAGGAAGGCGAAAUAGAAGAAAAAGAUCCUACAACCGGCAAAAUUGUGAAGAAGCCAUCUUUAAAAUAUGAAUAUGAAGCGAAAUCAGAAGAAACCUAUCUGAACUCCCUAAAAAGAGCAUUUAAAAGGUCAUUGACUGACGGCUACUUCAACUUCUUGAUAUACGACGCGGUGAAUGACACACUGAGAAGUUACGCUGACAUUUGGAAUUAUGCUAGACAACAAGGCUUCCAGGUGUACAUUUGUACAAUGGAGCUGGAUACCCAGAUAUGUUUCAAGAGGAACAUUCACGGUCGGACGUUGGGUGAUAUUCAAGUGAUAACCACUCGGUUCUUCCCGACGCCGGACCAUCACAUUCAGCUGGACGCGACGACGCUGUUGCAAAGCGGGGCCAUUACUGAGGUGCAGAUGGAGGACGUGGAUGACGAUAUCAUUAUGGAGGACGCCCAGGAACCUGAGGUUGAAAGCUCUUUUACUUCGAAGUGGGAGAAAAUGGAUGACGCCGCGCAACUAGCUCGGCUCGACGGCACCAGCAAACCGCUCCGGCCCUCGCACGUCUCAAUGGAGGACUACCUACAACUAGACGACUGGAAACCGAGCACAGCUAAGCCAGGGAAGAAAACGGUACGCUGGGCGGAUAUAGAAGAAAGCAGACAGCAAGAGAAGAUGCGUGCCAUCGGAUUUGUGGUAGGACAGACGGACUGGAAUCGCAUGACAGAUCCUACUAUGGGUUCUGGUGCGCUCACUCAAACUAAGUACAUCGAGAGAGUUAGAAGAAAUUAAUUCAUAGAUUAGUGUUACCACUGAAUCUUAAAUAAGAUGCAAAGUCAGUUUCGAGAACUUGUUUGAUGUCUUUAGUUCAUAGGCAGUAAUUUCAAGCAAAAUAUGUCAUUUUAUUAUGGAAUUUGUAGUGUGCGUAACAUUGUUGACGCAUAUGAUACUGUCAAUGACAUUUUAUACUUAGGUAGGUACAAGAUAUUGCAUGAAGUAGGCAGAUUUUCUUUAUAAUAGAUAUUUCGUCUUAGUCUCUUAUGGAAUCAGGUAACCGUUAUUUAUGUGAUAUUUAAAUAUUUCUCUUAAUGUGAUUUUAAUAUAUAUCUCUGAUGUCAAAUACUACUGUUAUAAAAAUAUAGUAUGUAGGUUCCUCUAGUAGGACUAUUCCUGCAGAACGCAACGCUCGCUUCUGCUUGGUUGCAUUCAACAAGUAAAUUAUUACUAUUAUUGGGUAUAGUAAAUACCUACCACUAUUAAGAGGAUACGGUAGCGAAAAUGCUAAAAUGGAAAGGAGCCCCCCUUUCAACUUGGGAAUUUUAGUUAAAUAUACAAGUGUUAUUAACUAGAUUUAUCGAAACAAAAAUUGUCCAUUA